AUGGGGACUUUGGAUCAAGUGGAAUUAAACUUGAACGUUAAAAUUGCUGUUAUCGGAGGAAGCGGACUUUAUAAUUUCGAUCAUUUGAAGUACAUUGGAGAGAUUUAUCCGGAAACCCCAUGGGGCUAUCCCAGCAGUAAAAUUAUUAUAGUCGAAGACCCACGUG